AAGGAACAGCAAGGCGCCGAGGACAUCCGCAGUCAGGGAGCUGGCCGGCAUCGGGCGUGACGCCGAUGGCGGAGACUCGAGAGAAUUUACGGUCACCUUCUUCUUCUUCUUCGAGUUCAAGUGAACUUUCUGUGAAGUUUGAGCGCGGAAUUGGUGGUGUAAGUAGCAGCGAAGGUAAAGAAGUGGAUAGCGGUGAGACGAGUACGAGUGCCGUUACCGUAAAUAAUGGACAUGCAGAGUCUUCAGGAAAUUCUGGGAAAAGUGUUCCUAAGAUAAAGACUCCGCAGAUGGAGUUGUUAAGCGCUGAGAAACAUCAGCAAGUUUCAAGUCCGCUUAAGUUGGAAAGAGCAAAAACUGAGAGUCACAGACCCCGUAGUGUACUUGCUCAACAGGCAGCCCAAAUUUUUGACAGCAAGAUUUCUGUCGAGCAGAAGAUUAAAUUGUUGAACAGAAUAGCUACUGUGAAAGAUGAUGGAACUGUAGAAUUCGAAGUUCCUGGAGAUGUUGAACCCCAUGAUCUUGGUGCUGCAUCUGAAAAUUUAUGUAGUGAAGUUGUUAAUGAUGAGCCCCUUGAUUCGCAAGACCAUCUAUACAUACCACCAUUGCAAAUAGUAAUGCUAAUUGUAGGCACUCGUGGUGAUGUACAACCAUUUAUUGCGAUUGGCAAACGUCUGCAGGACUAUGGCCAUCGUGUUAGAUUAGCUACUCAUUCAAAUUUCAAAGAUUUUGUCUUGACUGCUGGGUUGGAGUUCUAUCCUUUAGGCGGAGAUCCAAAAGUUCUCGCUGGUUAUAUGGUUAAAAACAAGGGCUUCCUGCCAUCAGGCCCUUCUGAGAUACCCAUUCAACGAAAUCAGAUGAAGGAAAUUAUUAACUCUUUACUUCCAGCUUGCAAAGAGCCUGAUUUAGAUUCUGGUAUUCCCUUUAAGGCAGAUGCAAUCAUUGCUAAUCCCCCAGCAUACGGGCAUACCCAUGUUGCAGAGGCACUGGAAAUACCGAUUCAUAUAUUUUUCACAAUCAUGGACGUAAGUCUUGUUGGGUAAUGGAAUCUAGCUGAUUAA